AUGACGAAGAUGUUGGCACCAUACGGCACUUGGUGUUCGCCAGUCACUGCCGACGUAAUCACCCAGAAAUGCACUACCGUGGUAGACGUUAUCGUCGAUCCUAUCAGUUCUACGGUCUAUAACCUCGAAGCCAGGCCUUCGGAAGGCGGAAGAUGCGUAGUCCUCAAAACUGAGUCAGGUGAAGAUGUCUUCGGGGAAGGAUGGAACGCACGGAGCUCUGUUCAAGGAUACGGUGGAGCUGCCGUGGUCGCAUACUCCGACACUAUUUACUUCUCACAUCUCACCGAUGCUCGUGUUUAUCGAGUCAGCGCUGGAACGAAACCAGAACCAAUUACUCCAGAGAACGCAAACCAUUGUUUUACCGACUUCACCGUCCAUCCUAGUGGCAUAUUUCUCGUAGCGAUCCUUGAAGACCAUACGAAUCCCUCCCCUCCGGACAUUAUUACAACUCUAUGUGUGAUUAACACUCAGACAAAAGUUGUCUCGACCAUUGCGUCAGGCGCUGACUUCUACGCCGCCCCUCGUUUCUCACCAGAUGGCCAGUACAUCGCCUGGCAACAGUGGUACCAUCCUGAUAUGCCUUGGGAAGGGUCCGAGAUUCACGUCGCAAAGGUGGCGUACGAGCCUGAGAAGGGGUCUCAUCCGACUCUGACUGUAACGAACGCGAGAUGCAUUGCGGGCAGACCAGGAACCGUCGGUGUCAUGUAUCCCUUCUGGGCCUCAAAAGAGCACCUCAUCUUUACUUGCGACGAGUCGGGCUACCAAAAUCCGUGGUCUUAUAGCGUAAGCUCUGAUGCAGCAAAACCUAUCUUCCCUGUGCCCGUUCAGGAGGACUUCAGCGAGCCUUCGUCUACCUUGGGUCAUUCCACCGGGACAGCCUUAGACGAUCAGACUUUGCUGUACAGCGCAAUCCGAGACGGUCGUAGCAUGCUGUACAGGAUCGACAUAGGUACAGGAUCAAAGGAGGGGCUGCAAUGCCCAUUCGUACAUGUAUCAUGGGUCCGGCGCGUGUCUGCAGGCACGGCCGCCUUCGUAGGCGCGAAGACUACCGAGCCAGCUCGCGUCGUGCGCUGCACUGUCGCUCCCACGGGACCAAGCGCGACAUUCACGGAUCUAAGCUCGACGACAUCCGGCCCCAGUGCUCAGUUUCCGCGCUCCCUGGUCUCCGAGCCCCGACCCAUGACGCUUCAGUUGCCCCCUAACAACGAACCACUGCACAUAGUUUUCUAUCCUCCGAAUAAUCCGAACUACGACGGUUCAUCCACCGAGGGCGAGAGACCUCCGUGCGUGGUGAACGUACAUGGUGGUCCGACCAGCAGAUCGGUGCCAGCGUUGGAUUGGAUGAAGCAAUAUUUCACGAGUAGAGGCUGGGGAUGGGUGGACGUUAACUUUCGCGGCUCGUCUGGGUACGGCCGCAAAUAUAUCGAAAAGCUUGAAGGCAAGUGGGGAGUCGUAGAUGUCCAGGACUGCGUCCGAGCAGCCGAGCAUCUUGCCUCGACUCUCCAGCUAAUUGACCCGAAGCGCACAGUCAUCCGCGGAGGCUCCGGCGGGGGCUACACUACCUUGGCAGCUCUUUGCGGGGCCCCGGAUGCAUUCGCCGCCGGGACCUCCUUGUUUGGGAUCUCGGACUUGAGCAAGUUGGCUGAAGACACGCAUAAGUUUGAAUUGCGGCGCAUAGAGAAGUUGAUAGGCGGCCGACCUGCGGACAUUCCGGACGUAUACCGAGAGAGAUCACCGGUAUUCCAUGCUGAUAUGAUCAAGGCGCCUUUGCUGAUCCUUCAGGGCUCUGAGGACAAGGCCGUCCCUCCGUCACAAGCCGAAAGCAUGGUGGAAACCAUCAGAAAGCGAGGGGGAAGGGUCGAAUACAUCCUUUUCGACGGCGAAGGUCACGGAUUCAGGAAAGCCGAGAAUCAGAAGAAAGCCUUGGAGAAAGAGCUCGGGUUCUACUGCGAUGUACUCGGCAUCAAAGUGGCUGAGGCAGCAUAGCGGGUGACUCAGCCCAACUUAGCAGUACGCCUUGCCGUUGUCUGCAAUCCCGCUGCUCGAGGUGUAGUCGUUGAACCUU